UUUACUUUCCGGCAGUAACCAUUUGAGACUGUGGGCGUUAACGUCUCGUGAUCUCGUGAACGACUGCACGUGAUUUUGAACUCGGCAGCACAGGAGAGACCACGUCAGUUCGGCUAACAAUUUAAAACUAAAGUGUGAAUCUAUCAGGAUGUCAGACAGCGAGUCCAUUAAGAAAAUGUUGCGGUCUGUACUUCAGUCCAGCAAACACGGGGUGUCUUUUAGCACCCUGCAGGUAGAGUACCGGUCACUGUGCGGAGAGAGCAUCCCGCUGAGGAAGCUGGGCUACUCCAAACUGGAAGACUACCUCACGAGCAUCCCCUCGGUCGUCCGCAUGGAUUACCACAUGGGAGAGGUGAAAUGCUUUGCUGCAGUGUGUGGAGAGACGGCCCACAUUGCUGAGCUGGUGGCCAAGCAGAAGAACGCCAAGAGGGCUGGCCGCUCCCAAUUCGUCAACUGCAAGAUGAGAUUCAAACCGUCCAACUCGUACAUGCUCAACGGAGACGGAACUGAAGCAGAAAUUUUCUGCACCAGAUAG